AUAUAUAUAUAUACAUACAUAUAUAUAUAUACAUACAUAUAUAUAUACAUACAUACAUACAUACAUACAUACAUACAUACAUAUACAUACAUGCAUAUACAUAUAUAUAUAUAUGUAUGUAUGAUGCAUAUAUAUAUGUUUGAUAAUCGUGAUGUUUUUUCUCGAUAUAGUAUAGGUGAAAAUGCUUUAGAUAAAUCUGCGUUGCAUUAUUUGUAUAAAAAGAAGUAAAUAAAAAAAGUAACUGUAACUUUAAUUUAUCAACAUCUUUAGUAUCCAUUGUCGAUUUGAUUCUUGCAAAGAAGAUUAGUGGAAUUAACGAAAGCGACGCUAGUUCUGUCCUAUCCUGUUUAACCGGCAUGUGAAUUUACGUUGUGAAACGUCAUAAUAUCAGUGUUCCUAGCAGUGUCCUAUUUAAGAUGAUUUACCACAACAAAGUAAACAGUCUUUGACAGAUAAAACCGAGUGUCACAGACAAAAUGAUAUUUUCGCAAUUGUCUUAGACGAAAUUAAAUCUUGCUUUAAGGUAUUCUAUCUUCAUCUCUCUAUUCGUCUCUUGUAAGAGUAAAAAUGUACACGUGCAUCGACGACUACAGAUUUGAGAGCACACUCGGUAACGGAACGUUCGGAGUCGUAUACUUGGUGAGAAGAAAGAAGGACUCAAAACCGUUCGUCAUAAAAGAACAAAAUCUAGAUACGAUGAAUCAUUUGUCCUCUAAGAUUGUGCUCGAGGAGGUGCAAUGUCUGCGCAAGAUGCGACAUCCAAAUAUAGUGUCUUAUCACGGAGCAUGGUUAGCAGGCAAUUACAGUUACAUACUUAUGGAGUACGCAACUCGAUGCACACUUAAGGAUUUGCUGGAGAAACAAGAGAUGCCUCUCAAGGAGAAAGACGCUCUAUAUCUGUUUUCACAAGUUACCCUAGGAGUACAUCAUAUUCAUUUGAAAAAGAUCAUUCACCGAGACUUGAAACCAGAGAACAUCAUGCUAACCGGUAGCCGCGGAGAUAUCGUAAAAAUCGGCGACUUCGGUUUCUCAAAGAAUUUUCAGGAAGAAUACAUAACUUGUCGGGCAGGAUCUUACUAUUAUAUGGCCCCAGAAAUGCUGACUGCACAGCCAUACGACUUUAAGUGCGAUAUAUGGAGUAUGGGCGUUGUAUUGUACGAGAUGAUUACGAAGAGGCUUCCAUUCCCUGCCACCAGUCUGGUCGAAAUUACGAAGUUAGGAUUCGACUAUUUGCAGCCUCUACCUGAAAGAACAUCGGCGUCAAUCGUGAACCUGAUAUCGAAGAUGCUGAGGAAGCAAAGCUCGAAUCGACCACGCACUGAUCAACUCGUGCUCUGCCCCUUUCUAGUCCCUUAUAUCGUUCGAGUGUAUCUGAAUGUCGGGCGAAUCAUUAAUCUCGCCAAUCGAGAACCUGUUAAUUUUGGACCACACGUUUUCUUAAAAUUCCUGAAGCCGUCGAAUUGAACGGAACGAAAUUGACAAAGUAGACAAUUUUAACAAUUGAACGAAUCGGAAUCAAGUAUUUCUAUUGCGUGAGUCGCACGUUAAAUUAUUUUAGUAGAAUGUUGAAGUAGAAAUCUCAAGGCGCUUUUUAUUGCAUUCGACAAUAUUGUUGAUUUUAUAAGAAUGAUGUCGCAUCGAAUUGAAGACAUAUUUUAUAACGUAUAACGUAAAAACGCGUAUAGUAUGGAGCCCAAACUCCUUCAUCUCAAGCAGUGUAUUAACAGUCUAAUUCAGUAGGAAAUAAAAUUAAUGAUGAUCGA